AACAUCUGAGUCGGUAUCAACUCUUGUUUCAGUUCGUUUGUGGCUCAAAUUAAGUGUCCUGUUCGAUUAAAUUCUAUAAAAAUAAAAUGCCUGGGCAAUAUAUAAACCAAAUAUUCUCUAAGCCCAUAAUGACGAUCUUAAGGUGCGCCUGGAGCGUCCUUUAUUUGUGGAUAAUGAUGCACGGAGCCUCCAUAAUGAUCGUCAUUAAUGAGAGGUGGGAGGAAGGGCUGAUCUGGAAUAAACGUCUGCCGGACGAACUGAUCUACUGGGACGAGCUGGCCAAUGUCUCGGGCGCAGAAAUGUUGACCUGGGCCAUGAUAGUCUCAGUGCUGGUGAGCAUAUACGUGUCCUCCCAGCCUGUGGGGGGUGUGCGGGUUAGAAACGAGAAGCGCUUGGAAAAAAUAGUCUUAUGCACCCCAUACGUUUUUGCCUUUCUGGUCCGCUGGCUAUUCACCACCUUUGUGACAGUGUCCCAAUUGAUGGGGCAACCGAGAGACGCCAGCUGGAACAGAUUCGCCCAGUUUACCUUUGCCCUGCUCUUCAAGAUCCUCAUCAUGGCCAACAUGUCCUCGGUCUGCCUUCGCGCCUAUGUAAAACUAUUUGGCCUCGAGGUGGAAAGGAACAUCGUACGUAUAUCGAACCUCAAUUUCGGCGACCGACUGAGUCAGAUCUUCCUCAACUGAUGUUGUUUUAAAAGCUGUUUAUUGUUCUGUAUUUUUGAAAAUAUAACUUCCCGGGGCUAA